UCCCGCAGCCACCAAUAAUUCGCACACAGGCCCAUAGAGCCCCUAGUAUCCUUCCGGAUGUACUUGCAAAUCCCGAUUGGCAGCCCACAAAUUCUGCAGCACCCAUACUUCCCCCAUUCACUGCCCAACCCGGAAUUCAGGUGGAAACAGAAAAUGUAACUACUCCCCCUGAUUUUUUGUAGCCGUUUUUCACGGACGAUCUGUAUGCAUUGAUUGUGGAUCAAAGCAAUUUAUAUGCACAACAAUUUAUUGCCGCCAACCCAAAUUCAAACCUUGCCAGACCAUUCGCAUGGAAACCCAAUACAGUUUUAAAUUUUUUUUGGGGCCUAACCCUCAACAUGGGCAUUACUAAAAAAAUGAAUUGUGGUUAUAUUGGUCCACAUACCCGAUUAAUCAUAUGCUCGUGUUCUCUGCCGCCAUGGCCAGGCAUAGAUAUGAGAGUAUAAUGUGUUUUAUGCAUUUCAAUGACAAUUUCAACGACAAUACACUCUGUUGUCCUCGGGGUGACCCUGAAUUUGACCAGCUCCACAAAAUUCAGCCCCUCGUAAAUCACCUUAACCAAAAAUCUAUACUCCCCAGCAAAAAAAUCUGCGUUAAUGAGUCCCUCAUUAAUUUUUGUGGCCGCCUUGCAUUCAAACUAUUUUUUCCCAGCAAGCGUGCCAGAUAUGGGGUCAAGAUGUAUAAGACCUGUGAGAGGGCAAUAAGCUAUACAUAUAAGUUUCGGAUUUACGAGGGAAAAGAUCACAUGGAGUCCCCCAGAUGCCCAGACCACAUGGGGAGCAGUGGCAAGAUAGUUUGGGACUUGGUGUCAUCCUUCUCCAUAUGGAGUACCACUUAUACGUGGACAAUUUUUAUUCAAGCGUGCCACUAUUUAGACAUUUGUACAAUCUUG